UAAGUCUUCCAGUGCAAGUUAAAAGAAAAACAAAACCUAAACUCUGCAAAAUCACACGGCAUGUUCUAAGAUUCUAGCCCAACAAGAAGGGAAUUUAAUCUGACAUUCUUAAUACUCACAGCUUUUGCCGUUUGUUUACUCUAAACUGUUUCGAUAAUCAUGUCGCAGAACAAGUGGGAAGCCGAUAAAAUGUUGGAUGUCUAUAUAUAUGAUUACCUUAUGAAGAGAAAAUUGCAUGCUUCUGCAAAAGAAUUUCAAGCUGAAGGGAAAGUAUCUACAGAUCCUGUAGCUAUUGAUGCACCCGGUGGCUUUUUAUUUGAAUGGUGGUCAGUCUUUUGGGAUAUAUUUAUUGCUAGAACAAAUGAGAAGCACUCUGACGCUGCUGCAUCCUACAUUGAGACUCAAAUGAUUAAAGCUCGGGAGCUGCAGCAACAACAACAUCAAAAACCUCAGCAGCAUCAGCACAUGCAGAUGCAGCAGCUCAUAAUGCAGAGGCAUGCUCAGCAGCAGCAACAGCAGCAACAACAACAGCAGCAACAGCAACAGCUGCAGAGAAGAGAUAGUGCCCAGUUUCUGAAUGGCACCAGUAAUGACCCUCUCAUGAGGCAGAGCCCUGGAACUGCAAAUACCUUGGCAGCAAAAAUUUAUGAGGAUCGCUUAAAGAUUCCACUUCAGAGGGAUUCCUUGGAUGAUGCAGCUAUGAAGUCAAGACUGGGUGAAAAUAUGGGCCAGCUUUUGGAUCCAAAUCAGGCUUCUUUGCUGAAACCAACUGCAAUGGCAGGCCAGUCUUCAGGGCAAACACUGCAUGGUACACCUGGAGGUAGUCAACAAGUUCAAAGUCGGAAUCAGCAACCUCCAGUGUCUUCACAGGAUAUAAAGAGUGAGAUGAACCCUAUGAUGAGUCCCAGACCUGCUGGUUCAGAUGGAUCAUUAAUUGGAGUUCAUGGAUCAAAUCCAGGUGGCGGCAAUGUGACUUUGAAAGGAUGGCCUUUAACGGGACUGGAUCAGCUUCGACCUGGGUUUUUGCAGCAGCAAAAGUCUUUGAUGCAGUCCCCGCAGCCCUUCAAUCAACUUCAGUUGCAUCAACAACUUAUGCUUCAAGCACAGCAGAGUUUGACAUCUCCAUCUGCCAAUGAUAUGGAUUGCAGAAAACUGAGAAUGCUUCUUAACAAUCGAAAUAUGGGUCUCGGUAAAGAUAGCCCUGCGAACUCUGUUGGUGAUGUAGUGUCUAAUAUUGGAUCAACUAUGCCAGUUAGUUGCCCUGUGCUGCCUCGUGGAGAUGCUGAUAUGCUAAUGAAGUUACAGCAACAACAGAUGCAGAACAAUCAACAGCUGCAACAAUAUCCACAGCAUCCCCUUUCAAGCCAGCAGUCUCAGAAUUCAAACUCCCAUCUCCCGCAGCAUGAUAAAAUGAUAGGUGCUGGCAGCAUGACAAUGGAUGGUAGUAUGUCAAAUACCUUUCAAGGAAAUGAUCAGGCAACAAAAAAUCAAAUUGGGCGAAAGAGAAAGCAGCCAGUAUCAUCUUCUGGUCCUGCCAAUAGCUCUGGAACUGCAAACACCACUGGACCAUCCCCAAGUUCACCCUCAUCGCCUUCUACUCACACACCAGGAGAUGUGAUUUCAAGACCUACUUUGCAACAUAAUGGUGGCUCCUCUAAGUCUUUGCUUAUGUUUGGCUCUGAUGGUUUGGGCUCUCUCACAUCAGCACCAAAUCAAUUGGCUGAUAUUGACCGUUUUGUGGAUGAUGGAUCCCUGGAUGAUAAUGUAGAGUCAUUCUUGUCACCUGACGAUGCAGAUCCAAGAGAUAGGGUUGGUCGGCUUGCAGAAGUCAGCAAGGGCUUCACAUUUUCGGAAGUCCAGCUUAUUCCUGCAAGUAGCAGUAAGCUUGAAUCUUGUCACUUCUCAUCAGAUGGAAAACUCCUUGCCACUGGUGGGCAUGAUAGAAAGGCUGUAUUAUGGUGCACAGAGUCUUUUACAGUGAAGUCUACGCUUGAAGAACAUACUCAAUGGAUUACUGAUGUCCGUUUCAGUCCAAGCAUGUCAAGGCUAGCUACAUCUUCUGCUGAUAGAACUGUCAGGGUUUGGGACACUGAUAAUCCUGGUUAUUCUCUUCGUACUUUUACCGGGCAUUCUACAACUGUUAUGUCUCUGGAUUUCCACCCUAGUAAAGAGGACCUUAUCUAUUCUUGUGAUAAUAAUAGCGAUAUACGAUGCUGGAGUAUCAACAAUGGCAGUUGUGCUGGUGUUUUCAAGGGUGGUGCAACCCAGAUGAGAUUUCAACCACGUUUUGGAAGGAUUCUUGCAGCUUCUGCAGAGAACUAUGUAUCCAUAUUUGAUGUGGAGACCCAAGUUUGCAGACUUAAAUUACAGGGUCAUAAAAAUCAAGUUCAUUCUGUAUGCUGGGACCCUACUGGUGAGUAUCUGGCAUCAGUGAGUGAUGAAUUGGUCAAAGUGUGGACUGUUGGCUCCGGAAGCAAAGGGGAGUGUGUUCAGGAGUUGAGCUGUACUGGCAACAACUUUCGUACUUGUGUGUUCCAUCCCACGCACCCUUCUUUAUUGGUCAUUGGCUGUUAUGAGACUCUGGAGCUUUGGAACAUGACCGAGAACAAGACACUGACCCUGAAUGCACAUGACAAGCUUAUAUCUUCAUUGGCAGUAUCAAAUGUUACUGGUUUGGUAGCCUCAGCGAGUCACGACAAGUGUGUCAAGCUUUGGAAGUGACUUACUAGUUUUUGGGAUGUCCUCACUUUGUAGCUAAUGUAAUAAUUAUAAAUUUGUAUGUCUUCUAUAUCAUAUGAUCUAAAGUCAAGUUUCCAGCCUCUGACAGAUGCUUGUGGUUGUUUAUAUUGCUUAAGAGUCUACAGGGAAAGGGGUUUUUAUGUUUUAUCCUUUUCAGUUGUUUUCCUAGCAUAGUCCCUUUUAACCCCCAGAAAAGUGAUAAAAGUUUUGGUUUCAAAGCCAAUUGUAUUCUGGCAGGCUAAACUCGAUGCAAACAU